CCAAUCAACCCUCCGGUACAUUUUCAAUCGUAUUCCACAGCACAAAUUCACAAUGUCUUGGUUAGGAAAGAAGUUCCCUGCGCCUGUCGCAAAGCCAAUGGCUCCUUUCUUCGUUGCCGGUGCCGUCAUUAUGUACGGAAUCAACUCUGCUGCUAUCGCAAUGGCCAACAGCGAGGAGUUCAAGAACGAUCCUAGAAACCCAAACGCAAAGACCCCAAAGCCAGCCGAUAAACACUAAAUGGGAGAAACAUAUGAUAGGGGGCAUGGUGACUGAGAACUUGCAUAGAUCGAACCUAUGAUAGAUCGGUUGAGCGGG